ACAAGUUCUUAGAAAAUUGUAAUUUGUUGGCUAGCUCUACUCCAGAACAAUUGCGUGAACAUGCUUCCAAACUUGAUGCUUUGAUUUCCGAUUGGAAGGCUCACAAGUGUGUUAAAGAAGCCCUUGCAAGAACUGGCCAGUCAAGAUGUCUAUUUAGCAAAGAGCAAAUAGAGGCUCUCCUGCUAGACAAAAGAAAGGGGAAACUUACUAUAGAGAAAAGGGCAAAAUACUGCACUACAGCUAGUGAUGUUAUAGACAUUUUUGUCCAUCAUCUAGACUUAGGUCUGAAAAAUAAAGAUGAAAAUGAAAUAGUUGCUAGUGGCUCACGCCAGUCACAAUUCCAUGUAAAGUUAGCAGAAGCUGGAGUAAAUCCUAAAAUUAUUAAUACUUGGGCCAAAGAUCGGGAACUUAUUCAAUAUUUCAAUAAAAUUCAGAGAAAACGAACUAAGAAGCGAAUGGCUAAUCCAGAUAGAAUUCCCAUUCAUUUCUCCUUAGCAAGGGUAUCUAAAAGGCUUCAGGAUAUGGAUGUAUCUAAAAUUUCUACUAGAGGGGAUCUCGCAGAUAUGAUAGUGAUAUUGAGUAUAAAACCUGCGGAAUAUAAAGAUGGAUAUUCUUGGUAUUGUACGGGUUAUCUAAAAAGUAGAGGGGAAAAGAAGAAGAAUCCCAUACCCAAACCACUUCUUUCUAUGGAGAAGAAUCCAGAAUGUGCAAAGGAAUUGCUUACCUGGAUUCAAGAGGCAAUUAAGGCUAGAAAGUUACAUAACCCUGUCUUUACUGAAAGUGAUAAACGUAAUGAUACACCUUUUAAUGAAUUCUUAAAGCAGGAGCCUUAUAAAACUCUACCUGGAAAGUUAAGAGAUUACGGAAGUAAGCACGCUUCCAGAAUCUAUGGAGGUCCAGACUCGAUCCCCCAGUAUCUUAGCUUGCUUACAAGAAUUGCAUUGAGACAAGAAUUAGAUCGUCUUGAUGCAGGUGAUAAUUACGCUAUAGGCAAUACAGAAUCAGAAGAGUCUGACUCUGAACCAGAGACAAGCGACAGUCCAAAACCCCAAACGCAGGCUUCUUCACCAUCUCAGACAAUAAAAAUGAAUUCAAUGUUAGCUGAAAUUGAUGCAAUAUUAGCUGAAAUUCAGAAAUAA